CGUGCAUUUACGGCUCUUGGCACCUUGCCUCACCUAACUCUUUGACCGUGAACCAUUUCUACCUUCUGACAAUCAUUGAAAGAUGCCUACAGAACUACCUUAUGCUGCAGAUGCUGAAGUCUCGCUUUCAUAUGACGAAUUGGACGUGCUGAGGAGACAGUAUGAGAAGGAGUUGGCACAAUCUCAUGUUACUGUACAAAGCAAGUUUAACUACGCGUGGGGUCUGGUAAAAAGCCCCAUGAGAGAACAUCAAGUAGAAGGAGUACGCCUACUUCAAGAGAUCUACCGAGCGGAACCCGGGAGGAGACGAGAGUGUCUGUAUUACCUCGCCUUAGGGCAUUAUAAAAUGGGGAACUACGAGGAGGCAAGGAGAUUCAACUCUUUACUGCGGGAGAAGGAACCAACCAAUAUGCAAGCAUCAAGUUUAGAACAACUGAUCGACGACCGUGUCAAACGAGAGGGAUACAUUGGUAUGGCUCUCGUAGGCGGAGCUGCUGCGAUCGGGACCAUUCUGCUCGCAGGACUUAUACGGCGAGCUCGAAAAUAACUCCGAUAACGACCAAAGUUCUGACGUCUUGUUCUUGCAUACGACUCCGACACGCGAUCUCCUUCUUGCAUUCACGAAACCAACUCGAACUCUCCUCCGCUCUACAACUCGCCCAAUCGCAAUCCUCUUUGCUAUCAUCGGACUGACAAAAAAAAAACAUAACUCGUUAUUCUCUAAUGUCAUUGUGUUUUUUCUUUUCCGCUGUGCCAUGUGGUUCGUUCGACGAACAGUCACUCUUGAUGCAACUUGUAUCUCUCUGGAUUCGUCGACCGCUCAACAUUUGUAAUUCCCAGCUCUCGGCUCUCUGACCCAUUGGUUAUCAUCUCGAGAUACUGAGUUCAUGUCGUAACAAAACGUCGCAGAGGUU